AUGCCACCGGUGUUAGGAGGAGCGGCAAUGGCGGUCCUUCCGGUAAGCCCGCAGACGGCAACGCAGGGUACCCCGCAUCACCAUCACCACCACCACAACCACCACCCACCGCAUCACCACCACCACGGCGGUCAUCAUCACGCCAGCCACCACGUACACCAGGGACAGACGCAAGUGCUCCUCGCGGCCGCAGCGGCCGCAGCCGCCGGUGGUGGUGGCGGCGGCGGUAGCGCCGCAGCUGCGGCCGUAGCUACGCAAGCACAGCCGCAGCUGCUCUAUCAACCGUAUAAUCUGAUACCGGCGGCCGGCACGCCAUCCACCCAGCCGGGCUUUCAGCAGCAUCAUCAUCAUCAUCAUCAGCAACCACCGCAGCAGCAACAGCCACCGCCGCAACCGCAUCAUCAUCAUCAUCAUCACCAUCAAUCCAUCGUUCAGCAGAGUGGCUUUAUAGCCGGUGACGUAGGAAAUCCGGCGACCGCGUUAGCCUUGUAA